AUGAGGAUAGACGUGGUUGUAUUAAGUUUCUUGGUCGUGAAUCUUGUUCGCGGGGAUAUGUACCUACAUAGCCCCAGAGGUUCGAAUAACCGCUUAAAUGAAGAAACCGCGGCAAGAGCAAAUGCUAAAAGACUUUUUAAUUCCCAGGUAAGCAUUGGAGAGUUUUCAUCCCGGUUUUCAUGGGCAGUUUGAGAUCGGGCUGAGUUUACUCAGAGCUAUAUUUAUAGCCAACCCAGGCUGAAAUGUCAGCCCGGGCUGAAAUUAUCUGAGUGUCACGAAAUAGGACAAUAAGCCUGUUACGCUUCUUGUAACUAAUUGCUUCUUUUACCUGAUGUAAAGCACCAUUUGAUCACAUAUCCACAUGUAAAAUUGCGCUAUAGAAAUGUUAACCGCGUAAUCCUUAUGAAAAAUGUUAUUAUCAUAUAACCAUUUACUGCAGCAAUAUAAAUAUAUCCAGCUAGUCCUCUGUUGCUAUAUUAUGACAAUUUAUUCAGCUAGAAUCCAUGUCGCAAUUAACUGCAUGCAUGCUUAAAGAUUUGGAUUUCAAAUGGUUUGGUUUUAAAACUUAAUUAUAAGGUGAAAUAAAUUGUUUCAGAACAGAUAUUUCCGACAGAAAAGUGAGAUAUUUCAUAUGUGAAUGUUUUGUAGUAGGCUAUAUUAGGUGCAAUCUUAUUAUUCACUGCAAAUUUAACUGUUUUUCGCUGCGACGCGUUUUUGAAAAAAAAUAUAUUCUCGCGUGAACAUGUUUUAUUCGCUGCUCUUUUAGUAUAGAAACUCGCUUCUAUAUAAUGAUGUAUAUUUACUAAUCUGCAUGUCAAAAAAUUUUGGAAGUUUUUUCUGGUGUAUUCAUCCAUUUUGAAAGCGACAGUGCUAGUUUUCUUUUUUUCUGGUUCGCAUGCAUGAUUAGCUCUUGUAGUUUUUAUGCCUAUCUUUGUUUUCGCUACUUCCCGUAUAUGAGCUGAUAUAUGCGGCAAAUAGUCAACCAAUCAAAUUUCAGAACAACACAUAAACAGCAGACAACUAUAUUAUAAAUAUUAAUAUGUUACAUGCAACCACAUUUGAAAUUUUACUACUUUACAAAUUGUAUAAAUUAAUUGGUUGUUAUAUUCUGACUCAUUAUUUUCUUGCAGAAGUGCACAAUAAUACUUAAGUGCACGACUGGAUUGCUAUUCUCAUAAAAGAGGCGUAAAAGAUUAUGAGCUAUUGAGUUAUACAAUGUAUUGCACGCAAAGCUCUCUUUAUCCCCCAAAACGACCAAAAGCCAUGAUAGUUAUAAUUAAAUAUAGGCCAGCAUAUCUCAAAAAUUUAUCCUCACAAUUCGGAGUCUGUUGCAUGGUUUUAUAAUUAUUGCAGUUACAAAUUAUGUCGAUGAAAAAAUGCGAAUCUGAAAUGAUCGUGCUUUGUGAUUGGUUUCAUAAAACAGUAUAGUAAUCAGUAAUUAAUUAUGACUCGUUCCCUGGAAAAAUAAUUUUAUAAGAUGAGUUAAUUGAAUGUAUUUUAUUGCUGUGUUCAAUAAUGACAAAUUAAGGCCGUCCAAAUAAAAUGGUGGCGACCUUUUACUCAAUAAAGGUUUGCAUAAGUUGAUUUAAAAUUCAAUUGUUUAAUAUAUUUCAGUAAAAUCAUUCUUUUCUAAUACAGGCAAAAAUAUUGUAUAUUAAUGACUGUGCAAUUUUUAACUAUAUACCAUGCAUUUGUAGAACAAUAACAACGGCGGUUAUAAUGUUGGCGACAAGUUGUACUAUGCUUCAAGUACCACCCAGAACAAUCAAUACAAUAUGGUGAGGACUCUUGUUCUUUGUAUUAGUUUGUGCUGUCGUGAAAUAGGAAAAAAUCUUAUUUCCACAUGAACUAACCAUGCACAUAUGCUUACUCCAUCAAUGUUAGGCUUAUUUCCAGAGCGGCAAAGACUACAAGACGUUGGAUGGCCUUACAGGGAAAUCACUUCUGACAAUUGAGUGGACAAACCAACAUGGAUGUGGAGACAAAGACCUCAACUGCAAUUUUGUGAUCCAGUAUAGAUGUCAGGAAGAUGAAAAAUAUCAAAAAUUCAAUCAACAUUCGAUGAGAAAUGGUAAGAAAAUAUAGAAAACUAGGAAAUAUCAAUGAUUAGAGUCAGUGGAUAUUGUUGUAACUCAUUGACUUUGUUUUUCUCUUAAAAGAAACAGAGUAAAGUUCGAAUUUCCACUUUACUAAUAUAUUUAAGGUAUAUAAAUGUUGAAAAAUGAGAGAAAAUUAUAGAUAAUAAUCUGGUGAUCUGGUGAAAUUUUAUCCGAAAAUGCCUCAAGUGCAUGCCCAUUUGAUAAAUACAGUUUACACACCAUUAAAUAUCUAUUACAAAAAUUGUCUAUGAAAGACGUGAAAAGCACUGUUACCCAAUAUGUGUAAUGAUGUGAUAAAAAUAUUAACAAAACUACACCAAUUUACCUCGUGGUAUUUUGGGCAGUCUAAAAAGGAGCUGGAAACAAAUUUAAUUAAGUAGCAUUUUAAGAAGUUAAUAGACCAUGUAGGAGAUCCGUAUAAACUUACAGUAGAAUGGCGAAAUCUAGAUCUGUCAAUCAUAUUUGAUAAAACAAUGGAUAACAGGUGAUAGUGCAGUAUAAGUAUUUACAUAAUUGAUAUAAAGUUGAAAUUGAUAUAAAUUUGAAAAGCUGAACAACACACUGUAGAUAAUAUUAUGUAAGGUUAAAAUAAUUACAUAUUUGUUACCUAACGGUAAAUAUUAAAAUUAGUGGAUUAUUAUAAAUCAUAUAUGGGGCCCAUUUCUGAGAGACAUGGUAAAUUAAAAUCUUCCUAUAAGAACAAUUCAUUCACAAAUAGCUGCGAUAUUCAACUACUAAGCUUGAAACAUGUGCUCCCAUUAAGCUUUGCGCGCUUAGAGUUUAAGGUUUAAGGUUUAGAGUUUAAGUUUUGCAAAGGACAACCUUUUCAAUUGAUUCUUUUAGGUGUUUAUACAACUAUACCAUAUUAUACGUCCAAAACGUAUACCUAUCGUGCUUUGAAAGAUAAAACUUUAAAUACUGAUACUAAAUCCUUCAAUUAUGGACUGCAUGAACCAUGGGAAUGGUAUGAUAAAUGCAAAAAAAGGAAGCGAAAUUAUGGUAAGCAAAGUAAACUAGUGUGCAGUUUGCCUCUGCUUAUUUUUUUAUGUCUUCCACUUGUGUGGAUUGUCAAGGAUUUAUUUUAUAUGCGCUUAGUUUAAGAUAGAACUGUUUAGCCAUUUUUACUAAUGAUAAUCUUAACCUUAUUCAAUAUAUAUACUUCCAGUAAUAUACCAGACGUAUUACUACAAAGAUUAUUAUCUUUCUAGUAAUAUACUACUAUUAUAAUUGCUGUUGCUAGUAUAAUAUGUUGCUUUUCUACUCAUAUAUAGUAACUGCCAUGCAAAUCUGAUUCGUAAUGAAUACAUUUGAUAUCCAGUUAUAGGUAACCCCCUCCCCCUAGAUGAUGCACGUAUAAUUGUUGAAUGGCCCUAAACCUACAUCCCUCUAGGAGGAUAUAGUCUUUUUGGAGGGAGUAAUAUUUCCAUUCCGAUUCUAGCAUCCACGUGAGGAGGAUUAGUUAACAAUAAGCUACAAUAAUUGUUUUCCUUUGUACGAUUUCCUCCCAGAUAUGAAUAUUGCCAGACAAAGAUUUUGUAAUCCAUUAGCAUGUGAAAAUUACCCAUAGCCUAAACGACCAACAAUUGAAUAAAUUAUAUUUUCACGAUUAUUUCGAAUUCUUCCUGCGAGUAAGCCAAUAAUGACAUGUGUAAACUAAUUGUAUAGAUAAAUAAUAUAUAUAGAAAGCGUAGGAUAAACUUUCUUAAAAUCUUUGUUCUAAAGGUUUAUUUUUAGCUGACCAAAAGCAAAACUUGAAUGGAAUAUAUAGUACACACACUCGUCAAAAUCCCAAAGGAGAUCGGUAUGGUUAUGAAUGUCCAGAGGAAAGAGACUACUAUCCAUAUUGGCAUCCCACUGAUUGGGUUGAUAUCGCAGUUCUUACUGACGACCCGUCCUUUUGCAGUUACUACAGAAACGAAAGCUUUAAUGUCAAGUCAAAAGGUUGUAGACCUUUUUCAUAAUGAUAUUAUAAUAUAGUAUUUCAAAAUAGAAAACAUUUUCCGUGUUUCUAUAGAGUUAUAAUUAAAACACGCGUGGAGAUUACUAAAAAAAGGUCAUCAAGUUUAGAUUAGUGUCAGAUAAAAAUUAGAUUAGGGUUAGAUUAAGAUUAUAUUACGGUUAGUGUUAUGGUUAGGGUUUAACAUGUUACGCGAAUUUAUUGUAUUGAUAAAUUCGGACGUGUUUAACAAUUUACUCAUAUAGUAAAUUCAAAGGUCAAGCUCAUGCUGCAUGUACAAAUGACAACCUUUGUAAACCAUUCAAAAAUCUUAAACCUUAAACAUUGAGCGCGCAAGGUAUGAUGAGUAACUUCCUAUUUAGGGUCUUAAACACGGGAAUUUGCUUGCCAACAAUGCUUCUAAGGGCAUAUAUGAUGAAUACUUUAAUAAACGGUAUGAACAUCUAUAUAUAUAGAUGUAGGGCUAUUUGAUUCACUAAACAAAUGUUCAAUUUUAGGCUCCAAAUAAGCAAUACUCAUCAUACCUUCCGCGCUCAAUACUUAGGGUUUUAGAUAGCCUUUUUAUAUUGCUUAAGUAUAGGAAGCACAAGUAAUAUCAACAAUACCAUAUCCAUGAACAGGGAAACACUGAUAGGGAUGGUAGGACAUGAAACGGCAAUAAUUUUUGUGUUUACCUUACCCUUUGUUUCCCCUAAAACCUUUAUAGGAGAGUGUUUGGAAUAUUACAGUGGUAGCAAAGAGUUUAAACACCAAUCAGAACAUAACAACAAACUUGACUGCGAGGAAAAGAAAGGCAUCUGGGUUGAAUUCAACAAUUAUUUAGAGUUAUAUCCACAAGCCCAAACAGAAUCAGAAUGUAAGGAGGCAAGCACGGAUGCUAGACGAUUUAUUUGGGCCAUACCAUAUCGCUCAGACGAUAUAGACAAUCUUAAAAUGGAAAAUAAUAAUGUUAAAUCCCUCCAACGUUGCUUGGUCGCCCUGGAUCCUCCUGAAUGUCUGAAGACUUCGCAUUCUAGAUCAAACCAUUUAGGGAAUGUUGAUGGUGUUGUCCCUCAACGAUACACAUGGGUUCUGCCUCAUUUUCCAUCUAGAAAAGCGCAGAGAUGUGUUUUACGUGCCAGGUAAGUUGACAAAUUGGCAAGCAAAUUUCUAACGAAUUUUAGUGUGUUUUAGGUACUUGAUCUAGUAAUGACCACGUUAUUACGAAAAUUAAAUGCGAAGCCAACAGAAAAAAUAGGCACGCUAGGCGUACAUGUAUCUGCGCAAAAAAAUUGCAUCGUUCCUAUGAAAAAAAAUUUCAUGCACAAUUAUUGAGUAAACAUUUAUAUAUUUUUGAAGUGACUAUACAGCCGGCAGCUGGCUAUUUACUAAACUGCUGCAUGGCUAUACAGCCGGCUAUUUAGUAAAAUGCUAGCUAUAUAGUAGACUCCUUCGCAACCGCUCUUCGUGUUGAGGUUUCUCCCCACAAGAGGCUGCUCGCCCGAGCACAACAUUCCAUUCCCUUUGUCCUACGUUAGCCAAUCAGAUUUAGCGACAUAAAUAUCUUAAUAAGUCCUAGGUCAUAACUGCAACAAUCCGACCCGGACUGCGUUUCACUUUCCGCACGCAGCGCCCUUACCAUAUACGCUAACCGCAAGCUCGGUAAAAGCUAGCGCAAACAAAAGUUUUUAUAUUUAACUAUAGCCACUAUAUAGCCGACAAUUUACUAUAUACCCUGCUGUAUUGUCACUUUGUUUAUAUUUUGUGAUAUGAUAUAUGAUAUAUAUCUCUUGUCUACCACAAUCAACUGUCAGAAAGCCACCAUUUUUAUAAUAAAAACAGACAGAAUAUGAGUUACAAAAUGGGGCAUUUAUUAAUGUACCAUGUAUUCAUGUUUGCUCUAUAUAAAAAUGAAAAAAUACGUACAGUCUGUAAAUACAUUUUAUUAACUUUAACUCAACUUAUGAAGCAAUCCUAUAAUUAUAAGAUGUCCUGUGACUAAUGCGCCAUAUAACAACAUUUUAAGUACUAUUUAAAGCACGCGUAGGAGUGUUUUAUCACAUAUAAAACACGACGCGUAGCGGAGUGUUUUAUAUGUGAUAAAACACGACUACAAGUGCUUUAAAUAGCUUAAAAAACGACUCAUUUUAUACGAGUUCAUUGGCGAAGUAAUUUUUAAAAUAAACUAUGUCUAAACCGAGAAAAUCAAAGCUAAAGUUUAUGUAAAUUAACAUGUUUUUUAUCACAUAUAAAACCACGACACGCUUAUGAUUUUUCUUUGUGUUUUGCUCCCGAAUUAUUAAUGAGUUUUUUAACGUAAUAUAAUAAUUCUAAAAUCUAAAUGAUGUGACUAUAAAUGUCCAUAACAAAAUAAUUAAUAUGAAUAUACGAAUAAACCUUCGAUAUUAUUAAAAAGCAUGCACGGUCAGUCACGAAAAAGCUUUCCAAUGUUACUUUAGGCAAUCUUCUAGGAUGUGACAAAAAGUUUUUUAUCGGACAAUUUAGCAGUCAGUCAAAGUCAAACCUCGAGUCACACAAACAGUUUCUCUUCACCCUGUAGAAAGCCGCCAUCUUUGUUUUACGGCCUGUUCGCAGGCGUGCAAGCCCUAUAAUUGUUAGCCUGAGUGUUUAACGCACGCACACGCACACACACAACUCGAUAGCAUAGUAUCUAGCGCUAUACGCGCAGAUACAAAAACCCAAAUGUAUCUAAAUAGAAAAAAUACUAUUGUCGAUUCGUAAAUUAGUAAUAAUUAACAGUCACUGUACACAAUAAUAAAAGAAAAUUUGCAUUUGAAAUUCUUUUUUGAGUUAAUUAACCGAAUAUUACUUGAAUGGCCACUGAAGUCUAUGCCCCGCCUCAGUCGUAACCAUAUCGAAUCUUUAUGUAUGUUCUUCAUCCUCAACCUGAUUUCAUGCAUAAUAUUAAUACAUCAUUGGAAGCUAAUACAUUUUAUUAUAUACACAAGGUCUGGAUAUGAGGUAUUCUGCAAUCUGAUUGGUUCUCUACUACCAGGAUAUUAGCUCAUAUCCUGCUAGUAGAGAAAAACAAAAUGGCGGCUCAAAUUGAAUUUCCGACGUUUCCGAACAAAAAAUGGCAAGUUGUUCGCUUUUUAUAGCCUUUACAGAAUUAAAAACACAAUGAAAAAACUCCCACAAAUUGUUUACAGGUUAGCAAAUGAAUUUUUAUAUUUAAAAUAGUUAAAAAUAUAUAUUUUUCAAAAAAUAAUCGGCCGAAAGAGCGAAGAUGAAAACUUAAACAAAAUAGAAAAAUAUUGAAAAUAUCCGAAAAGCAAAAUCUGUGAAUUCAGACCUUGUGUAUAUAAUAAAACAGUUAUUCCACUCACUCUCGUCAAAUAUGAGCGAUAGCCAAUUCGGCGCUACGCGCCUCAUCGGCUAUCAGCUCAUAUUCGACUCGAGUUCGUAGAAUAACUGUUAAAUAUAUAGGCCUAGAGUAUGUAUAUACUGCUGUACUUGAUUGUAUAAUUAUAUAAGACUGAAUUGGUAUUCGAAUCUUGAUCUUUCUUAAUCCAAGCAAGAUUAAUAAUAAUGGUUUUUAAUAAUGGUUUUAUUCAAUAGCAUUUUCACAUAAAACAUGGCUCCUGACUACCGCAAACUUUUAAAAUAUUGCAAUCAAGGGUAAAUUCCGUUCGCAGUUCGUAUACAAUUAAGCCACUUCGAUUAUAAAGAUAAGACUAUUCUCUCAAUUGGUAGUUGAGUAAAAGCCUUCUAUUUUCGCUUCAAUGCUUCAUUGUUGUUACCUGCAGUUGGAUACCGAAUUAAUCGCAGAAAAGCUGCAAAGUUUUGUUGUGUCAAUUACGAAUCGUAGCCAGUCAAGCACGCGGUUUAGCAGAAGAUUAUUAGUUUAUCCGUCACGUACAGACUGAAUUUCUAAAGCAUUAAUUGUCAAAUUAUAUGUCGACUCAAUUUGCGCUAUAGUUCACACCCGCUACUGCACUAUUUAAAUAAUAGGUAACGCUUUGGUAACGCUUUCAAUUGUUUUGUUUAAUUUAAAGACAAACAGGGCAAUCUAUAUGUACAGUUAAUUCAAAACUCUAUACUCUAAACCUUAAACUCUAAGCGUGCAAAGCAUAAUGGGGGCAUCAUUUAAUCAGUUUUAAAAUCAUAUACAUGGGGCCCACUUCUUAGAGACAUGCAUGGUAAAUAUCUCCUUACGAGAACAACUGAUUCAUUCACAAAUAGCUGCAAUUCAAUUACCAUAAGCUUGAAAUGUAUGCUUCCAUUAAGAUUUGCGCGCUUAGAAUUUAAGGUUUAAGGUUUGGAGUUUAAGGUUUGCAAAGGACAACCUUUUUUGAAUUGGAUGUAUAUCACGUUUAAAAUUCAAUUGCAUUACUGCGACGAAAUUUUAUAUUUAGUGGAAGCGUUUUAAACAAUAGCGCUCGAAGGUAAAUUUCUUGUUGUACAUUUAUAGGUACAACAUUUCCACGGGAGAUUAUCCACCAUUCGACACCUUUAGCAACCAGAAUGAAGACGUGUAAGUGUUUUACUACAUUUUCAUGGUCAUAUAAUAUUACAUGGGAAGUGUUUUUCACGGUGAUAUAAUAUGUAAUUUGAUUGGCUAAUAUGUGUGCAUUAGACACAAUAAUGAACUGUUUUGGUUUACAACUAUUGCUUCGUCUUCUUGCUGAAACAGAGAGAACAAAAUUAUACAAUUUUAAAUUAAAUUCCAAACUUUAUCAGAAAAGCAAGAUAAGCUGCGGAUGAAAAAUAAAACGCAAAGCCAGCCAACAUGAGACAACUUCAACGGGGCAAAAGGGGCGAAGAUUGUUUCAGAUUCUGAAGAUCCCUUCGAAUGCAAAGUCUGCCCUCCCCCCCUCCCCGUCGACAACAAUUUUGGAAAGUUUACACUGAAAAUGUUUUCAGUAUGUGGGGCACAAUGGGGAAAAUUCGGCAAUUUGUUUCUGCCCCCCAGAAUUUUCCCUCUCGUAUGCCUAUGUUGCCCUCUUGUAUUAUAACGCCAUGAAAUCACGUGACUUCGUGUUCAUUUCUUAAUUAUAGCAAUAUAUUGUACAUGUAUGACUUAGAUUCUUGCACUUCACUUGGUGGAAUUAAUAUUAGGAUGUUAGGGUUUGUAAUCCAAGUGAGAAUAUAUACAUUUUAAGACCUAACCAGGAACGACUGCGAAAAAUGCAGCACAAGGUCCUCUGGUAUGAAUCGCAGGACCGCGUAGGUUCAAUUCCUACCAGAGGACCUUGUGCUGCAUUUUUCGCAGUCGUUCCUGGUUAGGUCUUAAAAUGUAUAUAUUCUCACUUGGAUUACAAACCCUAACAUCCUAAUAUUGUGCAUGUGCAUUCAGACUGAUAUAUCUGAAUAUUUUUUAAAUACUUUUCAUUUAUUGCAGUAACAAUGGCGUCUACUCCCCAGUACGGAAUAAUCCCACUAUAAAAGUAGGCCAUGUGCAGUUUCCCCUGCGACUUGCCAUCAACACAGCACAGUUUGGUCGUGUUUUUCAAGAUCGGUCACACGUGUUCGAGCUUCGUCCAAGACCAAAGAAAGUUUCCAAAGAUGAUGUCAUCUAUAAUUUAAAUGUUCGAGGAAAACGGGGCAAUAUUGUUCAGGUGUAUCCUGCCGUUGAGUAUGACUUUGUUCCCAAACGUUUGAGUAUAAAGGCUGGAAGCUUGGUGCAUAUACAGUGGACAGGUAGUUUAAUCCAAUUUAUGUACUCAGGUGAAAAUUGUCUCGUUUAAGAGCCUCAGGCCCCCUUCCUAUUUGUGCGUGAUAUUUCACGAUCCAAAAGGAUACGCAUGCAGUUGGGAUGGUCAGCUAAUUGGCUUCGGCUGGUCUGUUUUGCAACCUAUUGUUUAGCCUGCGAACAGGCUCUCAAGCUGAAUUGAGAGCCUGCAUCGAUGACUAAUGAAUUUGAAUAUCUGCGUCUCAAAUCGUGACGCGAAAUUCUAAUUGGUCAGAUGCUAUAAUUUAUAUGUUUCCGCUGAGCUCUAUAUAUGUCAACUGCAAGCACUAUGCAUAAAAAACACAUUAACUGAUCAAAUUGGUCUUGGCCGUCUUAUCUCAAAGCACGAAAUGUUCUGUUUUGAGAAAACAGUAUUUAAAACAUUUGAACUUUUGCUUGAAUAUCUUAUAUUUUGAAAAACAGUAUAAACUGUACGGUCUAAAUUUAGUUUGUACGGUCUAAAUUUAGUUUGUACGAAAGUUGUAAACAACACCAUAUAAGGAUAGAUAUUCCAUAUUUGGAAAAACGAACGUUACGGGGCAGAUAUUCAAAUUCAUUAAUCAUCGAUGCAGGCUCUCAAUUCAGCUUGAGAGUCUGUUCGCAGGCUACCUAUUGUUCAAUGAUUUUGAAUUUAAUUAUCAAUUUUUGUAUGCGUUGCAUCAUUGAAAGACAAUAACAUCACGAAACUAUUUGGUUCACAUUAACCCUUUGUAAGACGAGAAUUUGCUUUGGUUGAACAUACAUUUCUAACAUCCAUCCUUAUACAUCGUCGAUCUCAAGACAUGCGUGUACAGCGUUCUAACCAAAUAAAGAUUCUGAUAUACGAAUAUAUUUCCUCAUAACAUCAGUGAUUUAUAGAAAGCAAACGCCGCAAAGCGGUUUGGUUGUACAUUAGAAAGUUGAGUCACAGUCUAUAACCAAGUAGCUCAGCUGAAUGUGUUUGAAAGUCAUAAAUAUUACGGGCGCAUGUGGCUAUAUUUUAGCUUAAUGAAUAAUGUGGUGUAAACAACAAAAACGUACUAAAAUAAACUUAUGAUUCAUUUUGUUGAUUUAUUAACUUUUAUUAUAUUGCGACAUUGAGUAUGUUUAGUCCAGCCAGUAAUAUACGAAAUUUAGAUGCCAUUUUUUGUUUAUGCAUUUCAGAUAAAUUAUGAAACUAUAAACACCUCAAAAUUCAGAGCGUUAAGUUACCAGCUGAAGUCAGGGCCUUUUCUGCUUACCACUCAUGAGCAUUUCGAUCUGCUAAAUUUUGGCAAUCCACUUUAAUUAAUAGUUAAAAACAAUGUAAAAGUUACCUUGUAUUUUCGACCUACGCCAACAAAACCUAAUUGAAAAUAUCCUUUAAUUAACUAUAGCAGUUAUCCCUUUUCCUUAUUUUAAGUUUUAUUUUUCUUCGAUUUGAGUACUUGGAAGACUUUUAGACAUUUUUUUUGUUUGAAACUCGUCUCUGUCGCAGCUUCGUAGGCCAAUAAACAUCUCAUAUUGCACAUUGGCAAUACAUGAAAAUCCUGCUUCGUCAGCAGCCAAAUGAAUUCCGCGAUUCACCAAAACAAAUGCUUGAAUUGCCAUACUAUAUAUAAUUUGUUUACUUCUCCAGGUUCAAAUACAAAUCCUAAAGCAAACAAUGGAGAGGGACAACAAAGUAAGUGUGAUAUACCUUUGCACUAAUCUUAGUUUAUAUAUUAUACCUGCUGUAAUAAUAUACAUAAAAUGUUCCUCGACUGUGAUUGGUUGAUUUCAGCGCAGUUGUAAUCCCAAACAAUAGUGCAACUAUCCGCAACAAACUGAUCUGACUUGUGGAUAAACAUUCUGACCUAAAGUCAACCAAUUAACUUCAAGUAGUUUCAAAGCAAAACAAACAUGGCGAUUGUGCUGCAUAAAGUAAAAGUUGAUUUCGAGUCGGAAAUAUGGCUUUCAUCUUUUUCCUAAAAAGGAAAAGACUUUACUACAAACAUAUAUCGAAACUUACGUUGUUGCAUGACUCAAAUUCUAAACCGCGUUAGCGCUGUAAAAUGUGUUAUAAUAAAAGCCGGACAACUUUGACAGUGGUUGGUUGGCUAUUUGACGCAAGUUCCGUCCUGCUUUGUGUGCAUGUAGCUACGUUUUAGCCAAAUUGCACUGGAAACUAUCCCAAUUACUUACUGUACACUAAUACUACAUUACUAUUUUUGUGGACUGCAAGCUCUUUGGACAAACAAUACAACUGGGGCAUGUUGCACCGAUAGCGCUAUCCAGUAAAUUUUUCGAACUUUCCAAGCUUGUCCAUUUACUAUCAAUAUAAGAUAAAGUCUACUUUUACUAAUUACGAGGUCUAUAUAUAUUAAUUGUAUUUUAAUUAAGUACUAUAUAUACUUAGUCUGGCAACGUUAGAAAUUACCAUUUUGUGCAUGCUAUCAGGUCUUUGCACAACCGUCGGCUUGACAAUUUUUUGCGCUUGCCUAAUAACUGAAUUCAUUAUUUCUUUUUGUUUAGCUUACAGAAAACGAGCAAGAUUUCGGAUGCACCGCUGUUCAUUUAUAUUAUAUUUGAGACUAAAAACGCAUUAUUUGUUAUAGAAACCGAUCGAAACAAUAUGGUUGAGAUGAAAGACCCUUCUGUAAAUUAUCCUUUGCAAUCCGGAGAAACUUCAUACCUCUUCAACAAUGCUGAAAUCAUCUGGUCCCAUGACAUUAAGACAAAAACGAAAGAAGAUCUGAUCCUGAGCAUGGCUUCAUCUGGCUACUACAACAGUGUAACACUUUGCCAGGCCUCGCCAACUACUAAUAACGGAAAGCUUGGUCCUCUCUUGAAUAUCGCUCCCGCUUCAUAUCCUGGAAUUUUGCUGAGGUUUGCCCCUGGGACUUACUACUACAUGUGUACAAGAAAUAACAAUUUCACUAACCGGAAUCAGAAGGGACGGAUUCAUGUUUACAUGACCAAUGCUAAUGGAAAUGGAACGCAGACUAAGAGAUCCGCUUAUCAACGUCUCAUUCAGUCCGUACGUAUGAACGAAAAGUAGAAAGACAUUUGGAAAAUUUUCCAAAUAUUGAGUUGUGUCAGUCUUGUAUGUUAGCUCAGUUGAACAGUACAUUUUUGUGGCAAGCAUAUUUGUUUUUGCCACUAAAACGUUGCUUAUAUAUUGCUUUUUGUGUUUUUGAACAAGAUUUUUCAGAAGAAACAUCUUUGUUUCAGCCACUUGGAAGUACGUAUAAACAUUGUUUAGUGAUAUUUUCUCUUUGUUGAGUCUACUCUUUGAAUUUAAUGUUUUGUAAAAGUUGAAAGACGUUUUCGUGUAAAUGAGAUUCUAUAUAUAGG